AUGGCUAAUAUUCAAGACACAAAGAUAAAUUAUUACCGAGGAACCUGCUUUAAAAAGCCAUAUUCUGCAAUUACAAAUUAUGAUGUUCCUUCAGAAAUUGAAACCUAUGAUCUUACUAUUCCUAAAAGUCCUGAAAUAGCUAAUUCUGUAACUUUCAAGUCUGAUGAAGAAAGAAUUUCGUCUGAUAAUGAGGAUGUUGAACAUGAGUAUAAUUAUGGAGUAUUUAUUAAGUUAGAAAAUGGAACAUCCCUUCCAGCAAAGUGGUAUACAGUUAAAGUAUCUGCAGUCGAUGAAUUACUUUCUGAGAUUCAUACCAAUGUUGAAACAUUGACGAGAACAAAGUCAAUCGAAGCAAGUAAUUAUCGAAUUGCAUUUAAACCAGAAAAGGCUACAGGAGCAGACAAUGAUCUUAAUAUAGCUUUCAAAAAUAAAAAUCGUAUUCCUAAAACUUUUAAUUUAUCAUCUAAAGAAUCAAUAAUGGCAAGCAAUGUCUUGGAGAUUCGUAAAGCAAAUCAUUGUAAAAUUCAUAAUCGGCCUUGCAUAAAUAAGGAUGGAGCUAAAGAAAAUCACAUUGAGAUUACAUUCAUGAUGCUUUCGAUUUGGGCCUCUGAAAUAGCAAUAGCAACACCAACAGAGCCACCUACACAUCCUUUAUUUGCAUAUCAACAUUCUUCAAAAACAAAAGCAUCAUCAUUGCUAACAUCACCAUUACAAUCUAAUCUGAUACAACAACCAGAAUGUUCAGGACAACUAUAUGCAGUACCUCUAUUUUAUAAUCAAUUCCAAAUGUUUUCACCAUACAUUCCUUCUCAAAUUUAUGAAACACCUUUUCAAACAUCUAUUCAAAUACCUUCUCAAUCAGCUACCAGUGUCGGAAUGACUUUACCUACAAUUAGUAAUUUUUUAAAGCAGGUAGACGAAAAUGAAAACUUUGAAAAAUGUGGAGUAGAUACAAUUGGUGCACAAGAAACUCUUCGUCAUUAUGCUGCAAAGUAUAAUACAGUUUAUACAUUACCACAUAAUUCAGCACAUUUGUAA